GGGCGGCAGCGGCCGGGGGCCAGGAUGGUGUUUGAGUCCCUGGUCGUGGACGUCCUGAACCGCUUCCUUGGCGACUACGUGGUGAAUCUGGACAGCUCGCAGCUGAAGCUGGGCAUCUGGGGAGGAGCUGUAGCACUGAAGAAUCUGGAAAUAAAAGAAAAUGCAUUGAGUCAGUUGGAUGUGCCAUUUAAAGUUAAAGCAGGACAUAUUAGUCAACUUAACCUACAGAUUCCAUGGCAAAACCUUUAUACUCAACCAGUUGAGGCAGUCCUUGAUGGAGUUUAUUUGCUUAUUGUGCCCACAGCCAGCAUAAAAUAUGAUGCUGAAAAAGAAGCCAGGCAGCUCUUGGAGGCAAGACAAAGGGAAUUGCAAAGAAUAGAAGAUGCAAAGCAGAAGAUAGCUGACCGAGAUAAAGUAAAGGAAGAGAAACAAGACACUUUUGUAGAAAAGCUAGUUACUCAGGUCAUCAAAAAUCUUCAGCUGAAGAUUUCCAACAUCCAUAUUCGCUAUGAAGAUGACAUCACAAAUCGUGAUAACCCUUUGUCAUUUGGGAUUUCACUUCAGAAUCUAAGUUUGCAGACCUCAGAUAAGAAUUGGAAUCCAUGUUUACAUGAUGAAACUGCCAAGUUGUUCCACAAGCUUGUACGACUGGAUAACCUUUUCGCUUAUUGGAAUGUGAAAUCAGAGAUGUUCUACCAUGGUGGUUGUGAUGAAUCAUUGGUUAACUUAAAACAGGGAGUUGCCAGCCACAACGUGAUUCCAGACGGUUAUGAUUUUGUAUUCCGCCCAAUUUCAGCUAAAGCCAAACUCCUUAUGAAUCCUCGAUCUGAUGUCGACUUUUCAUCACCGAAAAUAGAUUUAGAUGUAAACUUACAGGAUAUAACUGUUGAAUUCAAUAAGCCACAGUACUUCAGUGUUAUGGAGCUUCUUGAGUCUAUUGAUAUGAUGACUCGAAAUCUGCCAUAUAGAAAGUACAGACCUGAUGUUCCAGUGCACAACAACGCCAAGAUAUGGUGGAAAUAUGUUCUUGAUGGCAUCCUUGAAGUAAAUGUUCAACCUAAGCUCCAAAUGUGGUGUUUGGAACAUAUUUCACAUCCUAGGAAGCGUGAAGAACUCUUAAGAUUAUUAGAGGAAUUCGAAAAGGCCUUGGAUAUUUUUAACAUCACUCUAGCAAGGCAACAGGCAGAAGUUGAGGCAACUAAGGCUGGAUUGAAAAUCUACAGGCCAGGAGUAAAACAAGACGAUGAAAAUUCUGGUGGCUGGUUUAGCUGGAUAUGGAGCUGGUCGGGUGAAAAAAAGAAUGAAAACCAAGAAGUAAAGGGUUCAAGUCUGGAAGAACUGAUGACACAGGAAGAGAAGGCUAAACUUUAUGCGGCAAUUGGAUAUAGUGAAACAGCUGUGGAUCCAACUCUUCCAAAAUCUUAUGAAGCCAUGAAGUUUUCUGUGAACUUAUUAAGCAUGUCGAUAUCAAUAAAAGAAAACAAGCAAACUCCUAAGCUAAUAGAAUUUGCGUUAGCUGACUUGAGUACAGUAUUUACCCAACGACCAGGUGCACAAGCAAUAAGGUUUGAAACAAAAAUUGCCUCACUUGAAGUUACAGGAGUGUCUCAAGAAAAGUGUACACCCCGUCUCCUGUCUUCUCGAACGGUCUAUUCAGAUGAAAGUACCUCACUUUUAAGCAUAAUGUUUGAGACUAAUCCUUUGGAUGAGAAAGCAGAUCAGAGAAUUAGAAUAGAAUCACAACCACUGGAAAUAGUAUAUGAUGCAAUAACAGUAAAUAGCUUAGUGGAUUUCUUCAGACCUCCAAAAGAUGUACAUUUAGAGCAAUUGACAUCAGCAACUCUCAUGAAACUUGAAGAAUUCCGUGAAAAAACAUCAACAGGUUUGUUGUACAUUAUUGAAACUCAGAAAGUUCUUGACCUCAAAAUAAACCUCAUGGCUUCAUACAUCAUUGUUCCACAAAACGGAUUCUAUGAUCAUACAUCGAAUUUACUACUUCUGGAUCUUGGUAGUUUUAAAAUGACAAGCAAAAGUCGUUCUGAUUUAUCACAAAUCAAAGUAGGACAAACCUCUAUUGAAGAUAUAAUGUCAAGAGCUUAUGACAGUUUUGAUGUCCAGCUCAGCAGUAUGCAGUUACUGUACAGCAAACAUGAUGAGAACUGGCGAGAAGCUCGGAAGCUGAAAAAUUCACCUCAGUGUAUCUUGCAGCCCUUGGAUGUAAAACUGGAAUUUAGCAGGGCUAUGGUUGUUACAGAUGCAAGAAUGCCCAGGUUCAAACUGUCAGGACGAUUGCCUUUACUUUCUAUCCAAAUAUCAGACCAGAAGGUGACAAGUAUCUUGGAGCUGAUUGAUAGCAUUCCUCAGCCAGAAAGUGCCCCUGCUACCAGCUCUCCUCCAAAAAUGACUGAGGCUGUACUGUCCCCUAUGCUUUCAGCACCACAUGUAUCUCAAGGCGUGUAUCCUGUUCUGGAUCUUCACUCAUUGGCCGAGUCAGAAUCAGAGGAAGAAUUUUAUGAUGCACUAAGCAGUCCUGUGGAAGAUGUGCCAUUUUUUGAAGUCCCAAGUGAUUCCGUCAAGCAGGCUGUCAGUACAAGGCGAAAAACCCUACACAAACAAGAAUCUUUGAAAAAUAUGACAGAUUUCCAGCUGAAGUUUGAAGUAGCUGAGGUCUUAAUUAAAUUAUGCCGUCUUACUGGUGAUACUGAGAUGCCUGUGCUCCAGCUUGGUAUUUUGGGCUUAGGCACUGAACUUAAAAUGAGAACAUUUGACAUGACUGGGAAUGCUUUCCUUCGUGAAGUUGGUCUUCUGUGCCCAGAGUAUAUUGAUGAUAAUGGCAAGCCAGUUUACAUAGUUACUACAUUGGAUAAUGUAGAAGAUGAUCUUCUCACUCUGGAGUAUAUAAAGACUGAUAUUAAAGGACCAGAACUGAAAACUGUCUAUCAAAAUGUUCUACAGAAAAUAAAGGUGAACUUUUCUUCUCUAGAUGUUCAUUUGCAUACUGAAGCUCUGCUGAAUGCUAUGAACUAUCUGAAUAAUCUUCUACCUAAACAAGAAACUAAAGUUGCAGAAGAACCGGUCCAUGAAAAACCAGAGGAGAAAAAGGAUGUUCUUAAAAAAUUAACAUCAAAAAAAUCAAAGUAUGAAGAUGUUAUUGACCUCAUUAUCUGUGCAGAUUUAUCAUGUUUGAGUAUUUUUAUCAGAGAGAAAAACCACAGGAUAGCUGAAAUUCACAUUGAAGGUCUGGAUAGCCAAGUGAUUAUGAAGAAAGCAGCAACUGAUAUGACUGCAAAAUUGAAGAACAUCAUUAUUGUGGAUUCUGAUGAGACAGCAUUGUAUAAAAAGGCUCUUUACAUCACAGGAAAAGAAGUCUUCAACUUCAGAAUGGUAUCAUAUGUGAAUGCUACAGAUGGCACUGCGUAUACAAAUAUGGAUGUUGUUGACAAUCGUAUUUAUCUAACUGUUGGGUGUAUUCAAGUAGUUUUUGUCAACAAGUUUGUUUCAUCUAUUUUGGCUUUUAUAAAUAAUUUUCAAGCUGCCAAGGAAGCUCUUACUGAAGCAACUGUUCGAACAGCUGAGAAAGCAGCUACAGGUGUAAAAGGUUUAGCAGAGCGUAGUUCCCGUUUGGCACUAGAUAUCAAUAUCAAAGCACCUGUUGUGAUAAUUCCACAGUCAGCAAUGUCUGCAAAUGUCCUGGUGGCUGAUCUUGGUCUAAUCACGGUGAAGAACCAAUUCUUUAUUGCUAAAACAAAAACACGAUGCAGUGUCCCACCUGUUAUUGACUCUAUGACGGUGAAAUUGAGUGAACUGAAGUUAUACAGAUCUUACUAUGAGCAAGAUUCUUUGCAAACUGAAGUACAGCUGCUGCAGCCAGUCAGUCUGGAAGUAGCUGUUGAACGAAAUUUAGCUGCUGCGUGGUAUAAUGAAGUUCCUGAUAUUGAAAUAUCUGGCCGACUCAAGCCUAUGAACCUCAUUCUUAGUCAGGAGGAUAUUACCACAAUACUGAGGACACUAAAUGAAAAUGCAGGUGAAGGCUCGGGUGCAUCAACAGCUUUGCCAGAAUCAAAAGCAUCAACUAGUCAUUCUAGUGAAAUGCAUGGUACUUCUCAGCACUCUGCAGGUGUAACUGUAGUGACAUCAGCUGUGGUGGAAUUGCAUUCACCUAUGAAAAUAAAAACAACACUAAAACUGGACUUCAGAUUUGACUCUCUGACUUUAGUGUUGUAUAGUCCGAAUUCAAAACAGGUUAACAGUUUGGAUCAGAGAGAUGACCUUUUGAAGCUUGCAGAGUUUAAAUUAGUUCUCAUGUCAGCUGCUCUGAAAAUGUUGUCAGAUGGUUCAAUGAAUGCUUCUGUCAAACUUGCAAAUUGUACAUUAGAUGAUAAAAGACAGUUGAUCCAGAAGGCUACACCAAGAAUGGUGGAAAUGAAACAUGGAUUUGAAAAGAAAGUUAUGGUGGAUGUAAACUACAAGCAGGGGAGAGAUGGCACUGUUCUUGAUGUUAUUGUUCAAGAGAUAUAUCUUUGUGCAAGCAUGGAGUUUCUACUUACUGUAGCAGAUAUAUUCCUAAAAGCUAAAGCAGAAAGUGCUGCUGCGCAGAGAAAUCUGAAACAGUCACUACAUGUAAAGGACCAAGCCUCUGUGCAGCCUGUAUCUACGAUGGAAAUGAACAUUGUUGUUAAAAAUCCAGAGAUUGUGUUUGUGGCUGAUUUAACAAGAAGUGAUGCUCCUGCGCUGGUGGUUACAACACAGUGUGAGGUCUUCAUUAAAAGUAGCCCUGAAAAGUACAACAUGACAGCUGCUGUUAGAGAGAUACAGAUGAAAGCAUGCCCAUUUCUUCCAGAAGAAAGGAAAGAGAACAUUACUACGGUAUUGCAGCCUUGUGACUUCUUCUUUGAAAUGAAACAGUCAGGUACUAAUCCACAGACAGCUGAUCUAACUAUUAAAUCUCUGACAAUAGAAGUUUCACCAAUAAUCAUAAACACAGUAAUUACCAUUACAUCAGCCCUUUAUCAAACUACCGAAACAACGAAUGAAGAGAUUAGUCAAAUUCCUCCUGAUUUAUGGAAUAAGAAAGAUAUAAAAAAUCUGAAAUUGUGGUUUCUUGAAGAGACUAAUGAAAAUGAAGAUAAAAAUCCAAACACCGAACUGGUUCCCACAGGAGAGUCAUUGAAAAUUAAUAUAGAAUCUGUUUUUCUAACACUUGAAGCUGGAGUUGGGCACAGAACAGUGCCAAUGCUUUUAGCCAAGUCCUCAUUUGUUGGAGAAGUCAAGAACUGGAGUACUCUAAUCAAUCUACAUUCUCGUCUUGAGCUAGAGGUGCAUUAUUUUAAUGAGAUGUUUGGUGUGUGGGAACCUUUGCUUGAACCACUAGAAGUUGAGAAGACUGACUUAUUCAGGCCAUGGACUCUUGAAAUCAAGAUGAAGAAGGCUAAAAAAGCACUGUUUGAAUCAGAUGAUGAAGAAGAAGAGAACUACAAAGUUCCAGAAUAUAAAACAGUAAUAAAUGUUUCCUCGAAAGACCAGCUCAACAUUACACUGUCCAAAUUAGGACUGCAGAUGUUAAGUAACUUGGGCACGGCGUUUGCUGAAGCAGCUAGUCAAACUUCAGAUGUCUUCAAAAAAGACCGAGCACCAUUUGUAAUAAUAAAUUCUUUAGGAGUUCCCAUCACAGUCUCGCCUAGUGAUUCCUUUAGCGUCCUUAAUGUUACGUUUGGAGCAAAAAUAUUUCAUUUAGAAGACAAAGAGAGUUUAAAUAUGGAAUUUGUCAGAACUAGAAAUGAGAGUGACCAGUUCACAGCAAUGACAACACUGAGUAGCAAGAGAUUUUACAUUCAGAUCUGUCCGCAUAAUCAUUCUACUGUGGAAAAGAUUCCAUUGACUAAAGUGGGUCGAUGCAUUUACAAAGUGAGACACGAGGAAUCAGGUGUUGAAAGGUCCAUUGUCAGUCAAAUUGACACUGUUGAAGGAAGCAAGAUGAUAACUAUACGUUCCCCGAUUCAGAUAAGGAAUCACUUUUCAAUCCCGUUAAAUGUCUUUGAAGAAGGAAGAUGUUUAGGGACUGCUUCACCAGCAAAUGAAUUCAACAUACCCUUUUCCUCUUACAGAUCCAUAUUGAGUUUGCAGCCAUUAGCCAAUGAAAACGGAGUGGGAGAAUAUGAUAUGUGUGAAGGAAUUACGUUUGAUGAAAUUAUGAAAAAUGUUGACAGUCUAUUACAAAGGAAAUGCCAAUCUGUGAAGUCAACUAACCAAUCACUUGUCAUCAAUAUUGUUCCUGUAAAAGAUUCAUUGACAACUUCAUUAGGUGCAGAAGAUGAAUGGGAUUUUCCAUACGUUGUUCAUUUAUGGCCUUCUGUUCUUCUCCGCAAUCUUCUUCCUUACCAAAUUACUUAUUCUGUAGAGGGAAAUGGGAACAAAUAUGACACUCUACAAGAAGGAUGUUCUGCCCAGAUUCAUAAUGCAGUCUUGGACCAAACAAAACUAGAUUUGCAGUUGCUUAACUACCUUGAUCAAAACUGGAGAAGCGAGUACCAUGUAAAAAGCAAUCUGCCUGAUAUCAGCUUCACAACAUUUCACUGUGUCACAGAGCUGGAUAAGACUGAACUGGAUAUUGCUGUUCAUGUGACCUACACAACUGGGCAGAUGAUAAUAGCAAUUCACAGUCCCUACUGGAUGGUGAAUAAAACCGGUCGAAUGUUACAAUACAAAGCAGAUGGUAUUCACCGCAAGCAUCCUCCAGAUUACAAAAAGCCACUCCUUUUUUCUUUUCAGCCUAAAAACUUCCUUCAAAAUAACAAGGUGCAGCUUAGGGUAACUGACAGUGAACUGUCUGAUCAGUUUUCACUGGACACUGUUGGAAGCCAUGGUUCUGUGAAAUGCAAGAGUCAUAAAAAGGAAUAUCAAGUUGGUGUCACCAUAAACAACAGCAGUUUCAAUAUUACUAGAAUUGUAACCUUCACUCCAUUUUUUAUGAUUUCAAAUAGAAGUACAUACACUUUGGAAGUAGCUGAAGAAGGCAAGGAAAAGUGGAUUCCCAUUGUUUUGCAACAGUGCAUUCCCUUUUGGCCUGAAAAUGAUGCCAACAAAUUGCUUGUUAGAGUAGAAAAUUCUGAUCUCCCUCCAAAGAAGAUAAAUUUUGAUCAGCAAGAAAACUGUCUUUUAUUGCAUUUGGACAAUAAGCUCGGAGGAAUUGCAGUGGAUGUCAAUCUGACUGAACAUUCCACAGUGAUUACGUUUUCUAAUUACCAUGAUGGUGCAGCUCCAUUUCUGUUGAUAAACCACACCAAAGAGGAUAUUGAGUAUGGACAAAGCUCCCUCAGUGAAUUAGAAGACUAUCUUCAGCCAAAUAAGGCAGUACUGUAUACUUGGGCAGACCCAACAGGAUCUAGGAAAUUAAAAUGGAGAUGUGGAAAUAGAACAGAGGAAAUUGGCCCAAAAGAGGACAAAAUGGACAUACUCACUGUGGAUUCUAGAAAAGCUGUCUAUUUCAUGUCAUUUUAUGAAGGUUUGCAGCGUAUUGUUCUGAUCACUGAAGAUGAGAAUGUAUUUAAAUUGACAUACGAAAGUGUAAAAGCAGAACUAGCAGAACAAGAAAUUGUUCUGUCUUUGCAAGACGUUGGAAUUUCGUUGGUUAAUAAUUAUACAAAACAAGAGGUGUCCUAUAUUGGAAUUACAAGUUCUGAUGUCGUGUGGGAGACAAAACCCAAGAAGAAGUCAAGAUGGAGACCAAUGAGUGUCAAGCAAAUUGAUAAAUUAGAACAAGAAUUCAGAGAUUACAGUGAGCUAAGUCCUUCAGAAAAUAAAAUUAUUGAGUUGGAAUCUAAUGUUUUGGUGUGUUUAACUCCUAAUGGAAUGAACAUGACAAUUCAACAGCCAAAUGAGAUUCCUAUCAGAAGAAAUUAUCUGCCAGCUUUAAAGGUGGAAUACAGUUCCUCUGCACAUCAGAAGUCUUUCAGAAUUCAAAUUUACAGGAUACAAAUACAAAACCAGAUUCCUGGAGCCAUAUUUCCCUUUGUGUUCUAUCCUAUUAAACCUCCAAAGUCCAUCACCUUGGAUUCAGCUCCUAAACCGUUUACUGAUGUCAGUAUUGUCAUGAGAACUGCAGGACACUCACAAAUAUCUCAUAUUAAGUAUUUUAAGGUUCUGAUUCAAGAGAUGGAUCUCAGAUUAGAUCUUGGCUUCCUGUAUGCAGUUGGUGAAUUCUUUGCACAGACUGAUGUGCCAAGUGACCAAGAGCUAGAACUUUUCAAAAAGGAUGUUGAAUCUCUUCAAGAAGAACUAAUGAGUGUGUCAUCAAUGGAUACAUCACAAAUCAGCUUGUAUGAAUACUUCCACAUCUCUCCAAUUAAGUUACACUUGAGCUUUUCACUCAGUACGGGUGGAGAAGAUAGUAACAAAGAAGAAAGAAAGAAUGAAUUGAUACCAUUUCAAUCCUUGAAUCUCCUGCUGAAGAGUAUAGGAGCCACCCUUACAGAUGUACAAGAUAUUCUCUUUAAGUUGGCAUUCUUUGAGCUCCAGUAUCACUUCUGUACUACACAGCAGCUCCAAUCAGCAGUUGUAAGGCAUUAUUCAAAACAGGCGAUUAAACAAAUGUAUGUUCUUAUUCUUGGCCUUGACGUGUUGGGUAAUCCAUUUGGGUUCAUAAGAGGCUUGUCUGAAGGAGUAGAAGCUUUCUUCUAUGAGCCAUACCAGGGAGCCAUCCAGGGUCCUGAGGAAUUUAUAGAAGGAAUGGCACUAGGAUUUAAAGCACUCGUAGGGGGAGCUGUGGGUGGAUUAGCAGGAGCUGCCUCGAGAAUCACAGGUGCUAUGGCAAAAGGAGUAGCUGCAAUAACUAUGGAUGAGGAUUACCAGCAAAAAAGGAGAGAAGCCAUGAAUAAACAACCCACUGGUCUGAGAGAGGGUAUCACUCGUGGUGGAAAAGGACUAGUUUCUGGUUUUGUCAGUGGCAUAACAGGAAUAGUUACGAAGCCAAUAAGAGGAGCUCAGGAGGAAGGAGCAGCUGGUUUUUUCAAAGGUGUUGGAAAAGGCUUAGUGGGAGCAGUAGCUAGGCCCACUGGUGGAAUCAUAGAUAUGGCAAGCAGUACAUUUCAGGGUAUUAAAAAGGCUGCAGAUUCAUCAGAAGAUGUGAUAAGCCUGCGACCACCUCGUUUCUUUGGUGAAGAUGGUGUUAUUAGACCUUACAGAUUACGAGAUGGAACUGGAAGUCAAAUGUUACAGAAAAGACAGGCCUACAAAGAGUGGAUUAUGGCUCACAGUAGUAGUGAUGAUGAUGACAGUUAGGAUAACGUGGAUUGUAAUGGAUAUACAUGGCCUUUGUUACAUUCUUUUGACCUUUACGUUUUAAAUGUUGCUGCUCUAAUUCCCGCUGAGAAAUCGGGGUUUUGUGAUACUAAAUUCUUACUUCUUAAACUGUGAAAAAAAUGUGGGGAUAAUAAACUGUAUGGUGAUGAGUGCUAGGCAAACAAGCAAAUAAUAUAAUAAAGAUAGUCUCACAGAUAAAACCAGACAUUAGGUAAAAUAGUAUUGAAUAAUAUGAAGAAAUAAGUAAUCCCGUGACUUAGACUUUAUUUCCAGAUGUAUUUUUAUCAGCUGUGUUUAAUAUUUUUGCAUUUAUAUAAGUGUUUAACAGGGUUUAUUUACUAUUGCUUUAAAUGUGUUUAGUAAAACUUUACUGAUUUGUACAGUCCUUAUUGGUGUUAAAAUGCUGUUUGACUGUUUUAUUCAAUUACUAUUUCAAAAGUAUUUUGUCCGCUUUUCCUCUUAACAAUAAACAUGUCUAAAGUAUAUCUAAAA